AUGAGUGAAGGUAAAUUAUUCUCGAAAACUAAAGCUUCGGAGUUGAAGGCAGAAUUGGAUCAAGCAUUCAGAAAAUCCAAGCCCCAACCCAGAGUGAAAAUUGUUUUGAAGAAGGUUGUAGCAAACAUUAUCUUGAAUAAUGGCGAACUUGUGGCGUUAUUCCCAGAUAUAGUUCAAUUGAUGAAGCUAGAUGACAUGGAGAUUCGAAAAUCUUGUUUCCAUUACAUUGCAAACUACGCCCACUUGGUAAACCAUAAUGUGAGUGGUGAAGCUUUGCCCUAUUUCCAAAGAUUCGUGGUAGACCAAAAUCCUGUACUUAGAACUUUGAGUUUAAGAACAUUAUCAGCAGUUUCAAGCAAGCAAUACGUGGAAUUGACGUUUAAUGUAAUAGAAAACUCAUUACAGGAUCAGAAUCCCUAUGUGAGGAAAUCGGCAGCUUACGCUGUCUCUAAGUUGUACCAACAUGAUCCCGAUAGAACAAUUGCCUUACAAUUGAUCGACAAAUUGAAUGAACUAUUGUAUGAUGCUGAUCCUGUUGUUGUAUCAAAUACUCUAGCUGCAUUGAGUUUCAUAACAGAGCAGCAACAAGGUAAAGUAUUAACCCUCACAAUUGACAAGAACCAUGCAAUGACCUUGGUAGGGUUUUUGGCGAAAACCAAUGAAUGGAGCCAAAUAUAUAUCUUGAAUUCAUUGUUAUCUUUCAUCCCGCAGACUCAGACAGAUGCGCUUGAUAUUAUCGAUAGAAUAAUACCAUCAUUGCAACAUGAGAAUUCUGCAGUUGUGUUAGACACAAUUAAAUGUAUUAUAUACUUAAGCAAUUAUGUCAAGGCUCCCGAACUUGUAAUACCUACUUUACUGAAAAGGUUGGGUUCUUCAUUGGUCUCAUUAUUACUGAAAAAGCCAGAAAUCCAGUUCCUAGUAUUGAGAAAUGUUAUAUUAUUGCUCUUGGGGAAGAGAGGAUUAUGCCAAUUUGACGUUGAAUUGUUCUUCUGUAAGUAUGAUGAUCCCAUAUUUAUCAAAGACACUAAAUUGGAAAUAAUUUACCUUUUGGCUAAUGAAAAGAAUGCAAAUGUGGUGCUAAGAGAAUUAGAAGAAUAUGCUACCGAAGUUGAUGUUCCGAUGGCUAGAAAGGCAAUUAGAGCUAUAGGGAAUUUAGCCGUUAAGCUACCCAGUUCUUCCAUUCAUUGUGUUGAAGUAAUUACUGAUUUGAUCUCUAAUGGAAUAACGUACAUUUUACAAGAAUCUGCAAUUGUUAUUAAGAAUAUACUAAGAAAAUACCCAGGAAAAUUUAAUUUUGCAAUUCCUGAAUUGCUUAAUCAUUAUAAGUUGAUUGAUGAACCAGACUCAAAAAUUGCUGUUAUUUGGAUAAUUGGGCAAUAUUGUGAAGUGAUCGAUAAGUGUAAUACAGCUCUUGAAUUUUUGAUAUCUACUUUCAAAGACGAGCCGACUGAAGUUCAACUUGCAUCAUUAACAACAGUCGCAAAGUACUACUUGAAAGUCCCUGAAAAAGGUGAGCAAAUGAUGUUAAAAGUACUACAAUGGGCAACUGAAGAAGUUGACAACCCUGAUGUUAGAGAUCGUGGAUUCUUUUAUUGGAGACUAUUGUCAUCAAACGCCUCAGCAGCCACCGAUUUUCAAGUGAAUGCGAAAAGAAUUAUUCUCAACAAUGACCCAUUCAUAGUUACAGAUAAUGAUAACAUCGAUCCAGCAAUCUUAGAAGAGCUUGAGUUAAAUAUCGGAUCUUUGGCAUCAAUUUACUUAAAACCAGUUCAGCUUGUAUUUAGGCUAACCAAGAGAAAGCAAUUAACUAAGAGUCCGGCCCUUCAACCUCGAACCAUACAUGAAAACAGAUAUGGAAAUGGUGACAGUAAUGAAAAUAUUGAUGAUAUUGAGUAUGCGUCAUCUCCUCCAAAGGUACCACCAUCAAGGCUCAAGUACUCAAGAGAUGACAGAAGUCCUCUGAGUUCAUCCAGGAGUAAAUUCAAUAUAUCUCAACAUAGACCUCUGUCUACAUCCGAUACAUCUUAUGAUAAUGAGAGCACAGAGGAGUCGGCAAAGGAAAGUUUUGCUAAGAAACUCUCAAGAAAAGCAUCAUUUUUAGGAAGAAAGAAGUAG